UUUUUUUUUGUUGUUUUUUUUUUUUCCUCCCAAUCUCUACUAGGCAACUAUUUGGCCGGGACACAUACGUGAACCUCCUCAAAUUGGCGCACUAAUCCUAAAAGGAGCCAUGAAGUGUUAAACGGUAGAAACAGAGAGAGCGGCGCUCAGACACCCGCACGCUGGGAGAGAGGGAGGAAACAGCGCUGCUCCAAUGCGUCUGUGCAACACAGACUGAAGAGAGAGAGAAAAAAAACUUAUCGACUCACAAAACCAGAACCUGCGCUGCGCAAUUAGUGCGAGAGAACUCACUUUUCCUUCUGUUUUGAAGAAAAUAAAUAAAGAAAUCAAGCUGGCUCAGUGCGUGUCUCAGCAGCCUACUUUGACAGGUGCUCCUCACCCCCUUUGGAGGACUGUCAACAGCAAGAGGAUGGCAUCAGAGCUGGCAAUGAGCAACUCCGACCUGCCCACCAGUCCCCUGGCCAUGGAAUAUGUUAAUGACUUCGAUCUGAUGAAGUUUGAAGUGAAAAAGGAGCCGGUGGAGCCCGAUCGCAGCAUCAACCAGUGCAGCCGCCUGGUCGCCGGGGGAUCCCUAUCUUCCACCCCGAUGAGCACGCCUUGCAGCUCGGUUCCCCCCUCUCCAAGCUUCUCGGCGCCCAGUCCGGGAUCAGGGAGCGAACAGAAGACGCACUUGGAGGAUUUCUACUGGAUGACCGGGUACCAGCAGCAGCUGAACCCCGAGGCUCUGGGCUUUAGCCCAGAGGACGCCGUAGAGGCGCUGAUCAGCAGCAGUCACCAGCUCCAAACCUUCGACGGCUAUGCCAGAGGGCAGCAGUUCGGCGGAGCAGCCGGGGCGGGAGGCGCCAUGGCCGGGGAGGAGAUGGGAUCAGCGGCCGCCGUGGUGUCCGCGGUCAUCGCCGCUGCCGCGGCCCAGAACGGGACUCCCCACCACCACCACCAUCACCACCACCACCACCACACAGGGGCACACCAUCCCUCCUCCGGGUCCCAGUCCGGCGGCGGCGCGGGGGGAAACCACCAGCACCUGCGCCUGGAGGAGCGCUUCUCGGACGAGCAGCUGGUCACCAUGUCGGUGCGGGAACUGAACCGGCAGCUCCGGGGGGUCAGCAAGGAAGAGGUGAUCCGUCUGAAACAGAAGAGGAGGACACUAAAGAACAGAGGCUAUGCGCAGUCCUGUCGGUACAAGCGCGUCCAGCAGCGGCACGUCCUGGAGGGGGAGAAGACGCAGCUCAUGCAGCAGGUGGACCACCUCAAGCAGGAGAUCUCCCGGCUGGCCAGGGAGAGGGACGCCUACAAGGAGAAAUACGAGAAGCUGAUCAGCACCGGCUUCAGAGAAAACGGAGGCUCCAGCAGUGACAACAACCCGUCAUCUCCGGAGUUUUUCAUGACGUCGAGAAAAUUCCUCCAUCUGUGAUAGAGAGCUGUGCUUUCUUGGCCCCACCAGCCUGGAGAUUGCGAUAUUAUGACACUGGACUGCUGUUUUAUGAACAACCUACGGCACCUGGACUGCCAUGAAGCACAAUGUCUCAAAAGCGACUCUCCCUCCCAGCGGCUUCAGGACAACCCGACCCAAAUACAGAGGCUCAACAUUAAAGCUCACAAUUUAAAAACGAAACGACAAACUGAAAUCGCAAAUUCUCGUACAACAAGCAAGAGGAGACACAGAGAAAACGAAAGACCCCGGUACUUGUAAAUAAGACUCUUACGUAGUGGUAAAACAUCAUUCCAUAAAUCUCCAAAUUGUAAUUCAGAUUUAGUAUGGAAACUCUAGUUUGACCAUAGCAAGAAGAAAAUUAGGACGCCCUCUACAAAUCAGGUGGAUGUAAAUACUGUACAGACAACAAGUAAGGACGCUGAUAAAGAUUAAAUUAUUGCAGAAUAAUGUAAAUAGUCAUAAGAAACAUACCUCUAGUGUGUUUAUAUAUUCGUAAGGGUCCUGCGCUCACUACUUUUUAUUUCUCAAACAGUUUAGACUCCAAAUCUCGGCAGAAACGUCUGCACCAAAGUGGCCAAAAUGAUACUGAUUACAAAGACAUUCAAUUGGAAGAUGAUAUUUCUUAUAUAGCCCCAUAGCUGCAAUCCGACUCUAAGCUUACUCAUGAACUUUGUGUGGUCAAAGGGUUACAAGACGACAGCAGGAAGAAAAAAAAAA